GCUGCUCGUAGCAAUACAUGCCGGAAUAGGUCAUCAUUCUCCGAAGUCUACCCUUCUGAGCUCCUGGGAGACUAUCGUCAUCCAAUCUGUGUAGCUGCAUCAACGGGCAUUGAGGUGUCGCAACCAACACUUAAGUAAACCUCAGAGCGCACUCUCAAGAGUGGCUAACGGGAUCACAUUCAAACUUCCUGUCGUGUUGACCACGUUCUAUCAUGUCGACUGCAGCGCUCUCAAUCCCAUAUGCAGCUGCGCUAGGCGCAUGCGCUUUUCUCUACUUUGUUGUAUAUCCGGUCAUCGAAUAUUUUCGCGAUGUUAACGGUCUUCGACGCUAUCCGAACAUGCACCCGCUCUCGGGUAUCUCUUCGAUACCGUUCAUGGUGCUUGCACACGGCGGGGCACGGUCCACAUACUUAGAAAAGUUACAUCGAAAGCAUCCAGUCAUCCGUGUUGGCCCCAACUUCCUGUCAUACGGCGACCUUCGAGCUGUAAAGGAUAUCUAUGGCCAUAACACGCCCUGCACCAAGGACGGAUCGUACGUGAUUACUGCGGGCUCUCAUUACCAUCUUGCCGAUGUGAUAGACAAGCACGAUCAUGCCCGAAAGAGGAAAUUGAUGAGCUCCGCGUAUGCUAUCAAGAACCUGGAGGGCUGGGAACACAAAGUAGCCGACAAGACGCAGAAGCUACUGAAGCACUUCGACGAGUGCUGCACCGCCCCACUGGCACCUGGACAACUUCCGCAGUCUGAAGACGUAAACCUUGACUAUCGCAAAUGGACCAAUUUCUUCACAUUGGACGCCAUUGCCGAUAUUGGACUCUCCGACAAGCUUGGAUUCCUCGACCGAGGUCACGAUAGAGUUACUGGACGUAGAACAGAUGGCUCGACGUACGAGUGUGACUUUAGGCCAGCGCUAUACAACACAGCCCGGAAACAGUCGUUGUUGAUCUGGCCAUAUGAUUGGUAUCCGCUCAUUAACAAACUCUCCAACAUCAUUCCCUUCUACAAGCGCAUGAGCGAAUAUGCAAAUGAAUGGGAGGGCGUACCGGUUCAACUUGCUCACAAGCGCCUUGAGCGAUACAGGGCAGGAGAGAAGCUCGACGACUUUUUCCAGACGCUAAUGGAAGACAAGAACGGCCACCCAAACAACCUGGAGUGGGGCGAGAUUAUUGCGGAAGUGAGCAUCAUGAUGAACGCCGGAUCGGCGACAACAGCGAUUGCGAUGGCCAACGUCAUGUAUCAACUGAUUAAGCACCCUGAAAUCAAGAAGAAACUAGUACAAGAGAUCGAUUCGGCGUUGGAAGAUGACGAAGAGGAAGGCGACGGAGUCAUCGCCUAUGACAGGGUGAAGCAUCUACCUUAUCUUCGCGCGUGCCUCGACGAGUCACUCCGCCUCUUCCCGCCGACCCCUCAUGGGCUACCGCGACAAACGCCAACAGAAGGCGCGAACAUCCUCGGUGACUACAUCCCAGGUGGUGUCUCUGUCGCUAUGUCUGCAUACGUUGCGCAUCGACAGGAGUCCAUGUUUCCACAACCCGAUAAGUUCAUUCCUGAGCGCUGGCUGGGUGAAGAGGGCAAGGCGUUGCAACCCUACUUUCUGGCUUUCUCGGCAGGCGCAAGAGGCUGCAUUGGACGCAACAUCUCAUAUCUUGAGCAAACUGUGGUGCUCGCGAGCGUGUUGCGACGCUAUGACUUUGCGCUGAGCAGUCCAAACUGGGAGCUGCAACGGUUGGAGACGAUGAACUGGAUUCUGGGUGAGAUGCCAGUGAAGAUCUGGCGGCGAGAGCGAAAAUCGGCACAGCAGGAGUAGGGAGAAGGCUUUUUGUUGCAUAGCAGA